CGCAACUUUCAAACGACCCCCUACAUUUAUCGAAAGAAUGUCAUUUUGUUUAAAGAUCGAAAUCGAUCAAAUGACAGUCAUACCGUAGGCAUUCCAUCCAAUUUGAUUACUGAUAUUGGUUCAAUCCGGUUGUAUUGGUCGGCAUGCAACUGAUAUGACAAUCAAUGAUCGUCAGCUCGUCGCUAACGAAUUAUGGAGGACAUAUUUUUUUUUUUAAAGUUAAAACCGAGAAAAAAGAAAGAAUACUAUAGUGUUAGCGACUAAGACUAGGCAAGAAAAGUGAAGAUGGGUCGUAUAUGUAGCUGUUGUAAUACUCCUUUUGUUAUCAAUUAUUGGCCAUGCAAGGUUUUGUGUGCCACGUAUUUUGGCAAAAUUAAAUCAACUAUAUAUUGAACAGGAUUGAAAAGGUGGUAAACGGUGAUUUAGAAAUCACGAAAAAAGAAAGCUGCAAAAGCUAAGCCGGAUAUAAAGCAAAAGGGAAAUGAGCAGUAGGACGUAGGGCAAUUUUGCUAUUAGCUCACACGGUGAGAACGGAUCACUUUGUGACUAUUGAAUAAACCUCGUGGUAAUUUUAUAAAUAAAAUUGUGAUAGUGUUUAUUAUUUAGAAAACAAGAAACACUCAACGCUCAAUUAAACGACUUUUCGGAUUUAUGAGCAUGUCCUCACAUAUGUGUUGCGAGCAUUAUAUCUUGGUGGCAAGUACAACCUUUGACUUUUUGGUUUCAAAUUGAAAACCAAUUAUGAUACCACAUAACCAUAUGUAUGAAGAAACAAUUAAAAAAAAAGUCAAGAAACCGAUGGAAUAGAUACAAUACAUUGUUCAGUAAAGUUAGGAUUCGUUUGGGUGGAUCAAUCUAGAAAUAAGUCAAUUUGAUCAAUUAUCUCGUUUUAUAAACGAGUCAAUUCGAAUUACCUGCCCCCACCCUAGGUAAUUGAAAUUGACUCAAAACGGAUCAAUUCAAAGUACCUUAGGCAGAUUGAUCCAUCCAAAUUUUUGUUGGCAAACGAGACAAUUGUGUCAAAUUGAUCCGUUAUAAUUUCUCAUCCAAACGACCCUUAGAUCAUUGUAUGCUUCAUGAAUAUUAAGUGCAUCAUGGACAUGAAGUUAGGAAGAGUACUUUUGUAGAUGAAUUCUGUCAAUAUUACAAGUCAAUGAAUUCAGUAAGUUGAUAACGUAUAAUCUGUUAUUAUUUAUGUUACAGUUAAAUACUUACUUUUCACUGAGAUAUUGGUAAUUUUCAAACCAUUCAGAGAAUUCAAUUUUACAGUAGAUUAACUCAUUCUUUUGUGAGUCGCUCUUUUAUUCUCGAAGUUUAUGUUUAAGACUUUCCAGGUGUGACCUUAGCCUAUUGAACUCAUGUAUAAAUUUUUGAAAGUAUGUUUUCCAUCUUUAUUGUUUGAUAAGGAUUAUAUUAAUUUGUUGUCAUUAUUACGUGCUACUUAAAAGGAUUUGAAUUUAGAACUACAAUAAUACCACUAUACCGUAGUUGGUUUUUUACAUCAUUUUACACUAGUAAGAAAAGGUUAGCACACAUUUUUUUUUACUCCAAAAAGGUCACUUGAAAAUCUCUAUAAAUCCUAAAUAGGGCAUCCAAACAUUUCCCACACUUAGCCCAAUAUUGCUCCAUAGUCCUACGAAGGAAAAAUGGAAGUAACUGCAUUCGCCGCUUUGAUAUUCCUCACACUUCUCACCCUUCUUCUCAUCCUAGCAAAGCUCUCGAACCGCCGCCGCCGCACCGCCGGCCUUCCUCCAGGUCCUAAACCGUGGCCAAUCAUCGGCAACCUCAACCUCAUCGGCGCCCUCCCCCACCAAUCCCUCCACAAGCUCUCCCAACAAUACGGCGCCGUCCUGCACCUCAAGUUUGGUUCCCACCCCGUCGUCGUCGUCUCCUCCCCGGCCAUGGCGAAGCAAGUCCUCCAGACCAACGACCACCUCCUCGCCGGCCGCCCCAUGACGGCGGCGGGGAAGUACACCACCUACAACUACUCCAACAUCACGUGGGCCCCUUACGGCCCUUACUGGCGCCAAGGCCGCAAGAUAUACCUCCACGAGCUCUUCACCUCCAGGAGGCUCGAGUCCUGCGAGUACGUUCGCGUGGAGGAGAGACGCGCUUUUCUGGCGCGUCUCUUCUCCCUGCAUGGUGGAGAGAUGGUCCUGAAGGACCACCUCUCCAGGUUCACACUGAGCGUGAUCAGCAGGAUCGUCCUGGGCAAGAAGUACUUUCGUGAAGAUGAUGAAACGAAUACGGUUAGAGAUAGAUCGAACGGUGGAAAGGACGAACUUGUGACGUUGGAGGAGUUCCAGGGGAUGUUGGAUGAGCUUUUUCUGUUGAACGGAGUGCUGAACAUCGGGGAUUGGAUACCGUGGCUGGGGUUCUUGGACUUGCAGGGUUACGUGAGGAGGAUGAAGGAUUUGAAGGUGAAGUUUGAUCGGUUUCACGGCGUCGUGCUGGAGGAGCACAGGGAGGCGGCGCGUGUGGGUGGCGUGGGGAAGGACAUGGUGGAUCAUCUCUUGCGGCUGGCGGAGGAUCCUAGUCUUGAGGUUAAGCUUAACGACGACGGUGUUAGAGGCUUCAUACAGGACUUGAUCGCCGGAGGGACAGACACAUCGGCGACGACGGUGGAAUGGGCCAUGUCGGAGCUCAUGAAACAACCCCACCUCAUCCGCAAAGCCAACGACGAGCUCGACGCCGUCGUCGGCCGCGACAGGUGGGUGGAAGAAGCCGACCUGCCUCACCUUCCCUUCAUCAACGCCAUCAUGAAAGAAGCAAUGCGGAAGCACCCCGUGGCCGUACUACUUGCGCCUCAUCUUGCCUUGGAAGACUGCACCAUAGGCGGCUACCACGUGGCGAAAGGAACCCGAGUGUUCAUCAACACGUGGAGCAUGAGCCGGGACCCAACCGUGUGGGCCGAGCCCGACGAGUUCAGGCCCGAUAGGUUUUUGGCUGCGGGCCGCAACAAAGGGGUUGGCGUGAAGGGACAGAGCUUCGAGCUGCUGCCGUUUGGGUCCGGGAGGAGGAUGUGCCCUGGGUACAGUCUUGGGCUGAAGAUGAUCGAGUCCAGCUUGGCGAAUUUGCUGCAUGGGUUUAACUGGGAGUUGGGGGGAGGUUUCACGCCGGAAAGGUUGGGGAUGGAGGAGGUUUAUGGGCUGGCUACGCCGAGGAAGUUCCCGCUUGUUGUCGUCGUCGAGCCUAGGCUUCCCGUUGACCUGUAUCGUGUUUGACUAUAUAUAUAUGGUGUUGAUAUCGUGAUGGUACGCGAUAACUAACGUAGGUAAGUUUUGUUCGUGCAUGGUUGGGGGAUUAGAUAUGGUCAAUGAGCUAAGGUAUCACGGGACCAAUUUGUUGGUAAUAUGGUGGUUUAAAACUUCACGGUGGGAUAUAUGCUAUACGCAUGAAAGAUUGUAAUAAUGCACUCAUUUUACAACAAUAUAUUUCUUGUUCGCUUUAUCCGUGGGUGUGCAAAUAAAAAAAAUCUUUGUACCAUAUCGAUUUACUACAAGAGACUUAAUGGAUUUAUACACCCAGCUCAACAUUAAUAAUUAAAAGAGCUAGUUGGGCCUUGUUGAGAUGGAUUUUUGGGCCUAAGUGGCCAAACUCUUCUCCAUACAUGAUGGCUCACUCGUCUCCUUGGCCCCCAUAGUCAGAUGAUGUCUCCACCCUUUGGUACGAAAUUUGGCUCCCAAAAACUAAGUCUGGAAAUAAGGCGACACAAGACGGUACCAAGCCGGCAAGAUAGGGCUGAUACCCAAGUAUGGAAAUUGGCUAAGUAUGGAGCCAAUAGGGAACCAGGCCACCCAUAGCAACAAGGGGCCAAACAAGACGAAGACAUGGAAUUUGGCUAAGUAUAGAAACAAUAAGAGCUUGGUAGCCAAGCAUGCAAGACAAGCUUAGUACCAAGAUACCAAUGGGGUAUCAAGCCGGGUACCAACUAAGAGAGUCAUACAGAAACUAAGUAUGUAUAUCAAGCCGACAAGACGGGCUUGAUAGCCAGGCAUCAUGGUACCAAGCCAAUAAGACAAGAACUUUAACUAAGACAAAGUGGCUAGCUGAGGUGGCCACCCGACUUGGGUAUCAAGCAGCCAUGGAUGGAUCGGACAGGGUGAUGAGCUAAGAGUGUCAAUAUGAUGAGGACUCGGUGUAGAGCCCCUUAGGGGACCAUAUGGAGACUAAGACCCAAGAUGGGCUUGGUUGCCCCCUAACGGGAUACCAAGUCGGCAGGGCGGCAAGGUACCAACUUGAUAAGAUUAUAAAAACUAAGUAUGAAGACCAAGCCGACAUGGAUGGCUUGGCGGCAGGGGCUGACAUGAUUGGCCUGGUAGGAGAGGGUAUCAAUACGGAGAUACAACAAUGUACCAAGUUGUUGGGACGGACUUGCUAGCAAGCUGGUAAGAGUGGCUUGCCGACAGGGCAAGGUAGAGGGUAUCAAGUGGUAUCAAGUUGACAAGAUUGGCUUGAUACAAAGAUGACAAGUUGGUGUCAUGACAAACUCUCUAAUACUAAGUGCGGAGACUUGGUGGGUAAAGGGGCCAAGUUCUCAUCUUGCCUAGAUAAUCCAAUCGAUGACAGAUAAUCCAAUUCAAGUCAUUCAAAUUAUCAAUAGCUUUUACUACCAAACAAAUUGGUGUAAGAAAGUUGAACUAUAAUUACUGUUGGUGUUGUGCUAGUAUUGCCACCAAUUCCAUUCCGCUCUCAAAUAGGGAUGGCAAUCAAACCCAUGGCCACGGGUAUCCGACCGCCCCCGACCCAGUCAACGCGGGGAAUCCCCGCUUUGACCGGGUAUGGGGCGGGUAUGGGUAAAACCCGCAAAAAGUUUGAUGGGUAUGGGGCGUGUAUGGUUUUAGCCUCCCCCGCCCCAUACCCAUCCCCAUACCCGCCCCACCAAGAUAAUUUCUUCAUAUAUAAAAAAAAAUAUGUGCAUCAAAUUAUAAUCUAUCAAUGAUGAUGAGAAUAACUUGUGAAAAAUAAAUAGUAGAAAUGCAA